AAAUUAGUUUAUUUUUGAGACAGCGCUUCAACCGUCAUGUUUUAUAGCAAACAUAGCAAAUUCUCAACGUGACUUUGAAGCACAUCAGUCAGUCAUGUGUCAUAGAGUACAACAGCAUCUUUGACUCAACAAGACAUUCUUUUGCAAAAUGCUUUUAAGUCUGACGUUCCCCGUCCUCCGAGGGUGCACUGGACACCUGGUAAACAGAUCCUUACAGGCUCCAAGAUGGAGAGUGACAUGGAAAAGAAGUUACAGCUUGUUACAAGAUGAGGUAAAGUCACUUAGAACGGUGGUCAACCCUGACAUCUCAAAAAUUCGCAACAUAGGCAUCAUGGCGCAUAUAGAUGCAGGGAAAACCACCACCACUGAGAGGAUGCUCUACUACUCUGGCUACACACGGGCUCUUGGAGAUGUGGAUGAUGGAGACACAGUAACUGAUUACAUGGCCCAGGAGAGGGAGAGAGGUAUCACCAUCCAGUCAGCUGCUGUUACCUUUGACUGGAAGGAUUACAGGAUUAACCUCAUAGACACACCAGGUCAUGUUGAUUUUACUCUGGAGGUUGAGAGAGCUUUACGAGUGCUCGAUGGAGCUGUCGCUGUGUUUGAUGCUUCUGCUGGAGUAGAGGCUCAAACCAUGACUGUGUGGCGGCAGGCAGAAAAACAUCAAAUUCCUUGUGUGUGCUUCCUAAACAAGAUGGACAAACCUGCAGCUAGCCUGAGGUAUUCUUUAGACAGCAUAAAGGCCAAAUUAAAAGCCAACCCUGUUCUCCUUCAGAUUCCCAUUGGCUCUGGGAAGAGCUUUACCGGAUUGGUGGACUUGAUCACUAGGCAGAAAAUGAUGUGGCAAGGAAACGCACUCACAAACGAUGGUCGUUCCUUUGAGAUCAACAGCCUUCAGCCCUCGGAUGACCCAAAUGUGCUGCUGGCUGUCAGUGAGGCCAGAGCGGCUUUGAUAGAACAGGUAGCAGAUCUAGAUGAUGAUUUUGCAGAGCUGCUGCUGGGAGAGUAUGGUGAAAACUUUGAUGCAGUUCCUGCAGUGAAGUUGCAGGAGGCGGUGAGGAGAGUGACUUUAGCUCGUAAGGGUGUACCUGUGUUGUGUGGAAGCUCUCUAAAAAAUAAAGGCGUUCAACCUCUGCUGGAUGCCAUCACUGCUUACCUUCCUGCUCCCAAUGAGAGGAACCAUGACCUGGUGCGCUGGUAUAAAAAUGAUCUGUGUGCCUUGGCAUUCAAAGUGGUCCAUGACAAACAGAGGGGUCCGCUUGUGUUUGUUCGAAUCUAUUCAGGAAGCAUGAAAGCUCAGUCAUCAGUGCACAACAUCAACAGGAAUGAAACGGAGAAAAUGAGUCGACUUCUCUUACCUUUUGCCGAUCAACAAAUCGAAAUCCCAUCGUUGUCUGCAGGAAACAUUGCACUCACUGUUGGACUCAAACAGACAGUAACCGGUGACACCAUCGUGUCCUCCAAAGCAUCUGCAGCAGCGGCAAUCCGACGGGCUCAGGCUGAAGCAGAGAGCAGGAGCAACUCACAUAGUGCGGCUCUUGCAGGAGUGGAGGUCCCUGAGCCAGUGUUCUUCUGCUCCAUUGAACCUCCUACUAUGGCCAAACAAGCAGAUCUGGAGCACGCACUCAACUGCCUGCAGAGGGAAGACCCCAGUCUGAAAGUUAGAAUAGAUCCUGAUUCUGGACAGACAGUACUGUGUGGAAUGGGAGAGCUGCACAUUGAGAUCAUCCAUGAUCGCAUUAAGAGAGAGUACAAAAUCGAAACUCAUCUUGGACCCCUGCAAGUGGCCUACAGAGAGACCAUCCUGCAGUCAGCAACAGCCAAAGACCUGUUAGAUCGUAUUCUGGGAGAAAAGAGGCAUGUUGUAUCUGUGGAGCUCACCGUUCAUCCUCUGAAGGAGAACUCUAGUGCUUCCUGUGACAUCACUUUUGAAGAGGACGUAAAAGCGAUGCUUCCUGCUGAUGUCAGAGAGGCUGUGGAAAACGGAGUUCAGAGUGCCUACCUCCAAGGUCCUGUGCUGGGUUUUCCUGUUCAAGGAGUACAGACUGUCAUCCAGAAUGUACGUUUGGAAUCAGGCACAUCUGCAGCCAUGGUGUCGGCUUGUGUGUCCCGCUGCAUGCUCAAGGCUCUGAAGCAGGCUGGAGGGCAGGUUUUGGAGCCGGUAAUGGCUCUGGAAGUGACUGUAGGAGAGGAGCAUCUGAGUUCUGUGCUUGCAGAUCUCUCCCAGCGACGUGGUACCAUAUGCGACAUCCAAAGUCGACAGGACAACAAGAUUUUGCUGGCUGAUGUUCCUUUGGCUGAGAUGAUGGGAUACUCAACCGUUCUGCGCACUCUUACCUCUGGAAAUGCCACCUUUUCUUUGGAGCUGUCCAGCUAUGAGCCCAUGAACUCUCAGGACCAGAACAUACUGCUCAACAAGAUGGCUGGGCUCACUUGACCCUGUCACCAACUGAUUAUUUAUACAGACAAUUUCAUAUUGCUCUGUAGAUUGCUGCUUGCAUAUGGUCUAGAAGAUGAUCUUGGAGCCCACAUCUACAGACAACCCUUGCACUAUUUUUUCUCAAGUGAAGAAAACACACCAAGAACCUAUUAGUGUGAGUAUGCAUAUGUAUGUAUGUAUGUGUGUAAAUAUACAAUAAUUUUACAACAA